CUGGAUUUCUCCCUAAAUAGGACGAAAGCGAAAGGCGCAUAGUUGGUUGACCUCGUUCAAGGAAGUUAUACGCUUACUCCAAGGUCAUUUCUAAGUGCGUUACAGACGUAUGUACUCUGAGUUCACAUUGCUUCGCAUCUAAAGCCGGAGACCAGUACACUUCACUCAACUCAGUCAGUUUGGCUUUGUUCACUGACAAGUCAACAUCGUCUGCGUUAAAGGAUAUAAAACAAGAAGUGUUAUAUAAUAAUUUCAUACAUCAAGUUAAUAUUAUUGAUUUGUUCAUACUUUAAACAAAUUGCAUAAGAUGGAGGUGAUGUAUCAACCAGAACCUAUAUACGGAUACCAACACGGAGGACUUCAUCCUGCAGCCUUCCCCAGAAUGUUCACAACACCAAGAGAUACAUACAGCUGUUAUUCAUUCAAUCCAGUCCGAAGAUCUACUCACCCAGCAGAGAAACGGGGUGCCUUCAGUCCUGUUCCCCAGGGAAAGACACUUCAUUCUGUUUUAAUGGGGGAAGUACCAGCUGCGUAUACUCAUUUAUCUUCACAAAGAUGUUCCAAUCAGGAUAUGAACGCUAAUUCACAUGUUCAAAAUCAUCAGAGUGUUCAUCCAGUUGCUCAACAAACUGUUCAGACCGAACCCAUGGACCUAUCAUGCAAAAAAUCUCCUAGUAGUGUUCUCUCAAGUUAUGAGCAACACCAAAGACUUUCUUCUCCGGCACUCUCAGACCACCAAGGUGAAUUCUCCAUGUUAAGAAAUUUAUUGAGUGUUGGCAAAUCCAGUCAUGAAUUGUUGGACUCUCGGUGUGACACUCCCGAGGAGGAUAGUUUCCACAAACAAUACAGUGGAAGUAGCCGAGUCACCCUAGCUAAGAAGAACAUGUUACCUGUAAGUGCUAGAGUAUCGGACUGGUUAGUUAAGGUCAUUCAGUUUGCUAAAUCUGUUCCCGAAUUUUGUAAUCUCUCGCAUAACGACAAAAUCACUCUCGUGCUGAAUUCUUGGAGUAGGUUGUUGCUUUUAUUUAUGGCUGAACAUAAUUUUCAAUUUGCCGUAACACCACUACCGUCCUCACCAGUCCAGUCAGUAGAGCCAGCAUCCCCUGAUGAACCAAGCAUGAAAAGUGUUGAGUCUAUCCAAACCUUCAUCAGAAAAUGUCAACAUUUGAAUAUAGACAGUGAAGAAUAUGGUUUCUUAAGAUUAUUAGUACUGUUUAAUUCAGGUUAUAUUGGUCUUGAUAGAGCUGAUAUUGUCGAUCAUCUGAACUCUACGGUUCAACAGCUUCUGCAAGAGCAUGUCAGAGUAACCCGACCUUCGGACGUCAUGCACUACUCCCAUCUGCUGCUCUGUCUGCCAUCUUUGUACGGUACAAACAGUAAAAUGCUGGAAACACUGUUUUGUCAACACAUUACACGAAAUACGGACAUGGAAGUUCUUCUCAAAGAAAUGUUACAGAACAUUUGAACACGAAAUCUUUUGUUAGGUUUGGUAUGCUGCUACUAAGAUAGUAUUAACAGCUUUAGGCUCUCUGUGGGAAUUCAACCGUGGAGGGCGAAGGUGUUGGAAGGUCUUUAAGGUUAUAGAAGCUUCCAGGUGGUGUUAACUGGCUGAAAUCGACAUAAUUCGAUUUAUCUGAAACGAAAGACAAACAAUAUAUGGAACUGAGUGUAGUAUUUUUAAGUUUCUAUACUUGAAAUUAAAUUUUGAAAAAGAGAGAAACCGAAAAGAAACAUAAUAAUGAACAUUCCCGAUUAUUAAAGAGAUUGUGUUCGUUUUAUAUUUAUUUGCAAACUAUUUUUCCAUCCAUCAAAUUUCACUCAUAAUAUUAAUUCUGUAUGAUAUUGUAAUCAAAUGACAAUACAGCAUUUUAGGACCAUGUGCAAUUUGGGGUUAUUUAUUUGUAAACCAUGGUUUCCAUGACCAUGUUAUUUAUUUUGUAAUAUUGUUAAAUCAGAACUUAGUUUUGUUGUAGUUUAGUUAUACUUACCAUAAUAUAUACGUGUAAUAAUAUUUAUGAUAAGUUAGUGAAGUCAGUGACUACUGAUCAUAAGAGACUAUAUGUACAUAUAAAUCAAUACAAAUGCCAUAGGCCUGCCGAUAUGUGUGAUAUCAUUUUUAAAACUUAAGCCUAUUACUAAUCAUUGAUUACUCAUAUCCGUGUUAAAAAAGCUCUUUUUUUAAAAAAAAAAUAAUCAAUUGAAUAUCCUCCUUGAGAUAAUUUUACGCCAUUUCUUUUUAAAAUACAAAACUAUUUUAAUCAAAAAGGCUUCUGAUAUAUUAUGUGUAUCAUAUCCUGACAAUAUCAUUUAUUUGGAAAACAAAAAGAAAUAAAGCGAAAAAGACAGGUAUAAAUAUAGUUUUGGUGGGGUUUUUUAAAAAAAAAAUAAAUAAAAAGUAAAAAAUAAACUAAAAUUAUUCGGAUCUAAGACCAAAUUCCUGGUGAGUUCUUCAAUCAGAAGUAGGAAGUAAAUGUUUUUUUUGUAAUAAGAAUUAAAUUUAUAUAGAUGUACAUGUUUAAAUAAAUAAGCGCACACGGAACCAUAAUAUUUAUGCACAGUACAAUUGAUAUCAUUUCUCAUGUUAUGAAUUUGUGUGCGAUAAAGAGAUCAUAAUGAAACGGAAAUGUUUAUGUCUUGUCAUGGUGUAUAUGCUACAUCAUUCAUCCCCUAUUCAAUUUUCAAAAAGUGCGAGUGCUAAUUUGUUUGCCUAAUUCUGUCCAUACUUUGUCUGUCGUUGUAGAAAAUGAAUGUAUUUAUAUUUAUUAGAUUCUUGAUGGGUGUAGUUCAUUAUUUAUUGAAAAUAAAUUAUUUUUUAAGGUAUGAAACAA